AAGUUCCCAAGAAGAAUGACGUCAAAUAUUUGCAGGAUAUUUGGAGCAUUUGUGACAGAUGCCAUAGCACUUGCAGCUUUCGCAACUAAAGUAGACUCUCUUAACAAUCCUGACCAUAUUUUUGUCAAAAUGAUUAAAGAAAGCAAUCAGGCUUUCACUCUUAUCCGAAUGAUUUUACUAAGUCUUAUACCCCGGCGAUUGCAGAUAUACCUCAGGAUAGGAGCACUGAAAGCAAUGGAUUUCUUUAAGAAGGUUGUUGUUGAAACCAUCAAAGAAAGAAGAGAAAAAGGAGUGGUAAAAAGCUUUUAAAAACUGCAAUUCGCUUAAAACUGUUGCUUUUGUGUCAAAACUUUGUUCAUCGAAAAAAGAAUCAACCUUCAAAGAUGAGAAACGUAGUGGAUGAAUCAGGUAAGUAACAUUUUCAGAAAGGCAAAAAUCAUGGUAAGAAGAGAAAAAGUGGUACCUGAACUAUUUAAUUUUACAUUUAUUAGACAGUAGGGUUAAUAAUUAUAUGCCUCAUUUUAGUUACCAUUAUCUCAUUUUAACCAAAGCAACUAUACUAAAAAAUAAUGCGGAUUUGUGAGGUCAAAAUUAAAGUGAAAACAAAAGCAAUUCUGCCACGUGCAAUUUACCCACAUUACUGCGACCACUUUAUACCUGAUUAAUAAAUAUCACUGAAAAUGUCACUUACCUGAUUCAUCCACUUCAUUUAGGGUUGCCAACCUACUGCGUUUUUUGGGAUAAUUUCUUCGAGUUGUAGCUAAGAUCAUAUAAAAAAAACUACUUU